AUGGUACUGAUGACGGCAUCGUCCACAAAUAUCAAGUGCCACAAAAUAUUGACUAACGGCAACAGGCCCACGUUGUUCGAAUUGAAAUCAAUUCCAAUAUCGAGAGUGGUCGAAUGUUUGUCCCACUUCGGUAGUGUUGAGCUACCGACGGCUGAGGCUGCUUUCAUUUGGCAGUCUAUCGUCCGACAUUUCAAAGGCGUCGCUAACAUACCCGACAGCGUGCUUAUGACCCUGCAUUGGAUCACCCCGGCUAUAAGCGUCAGCGAAUACGCUAAACUGACCCUUGGCGACAUCGAUGUCGUACGUAAUUUCGGAUUUGAUUACAAUCUGUCCAACGAACAACUGUUGGCCAUAGCUGAUCGGGUGCGUGUGCACUUCGCUGGAAAAUCGCCGGAGGACUAUACCUGUUUUGACCUGACAGCGCUCGGGACUAUACUCUGCGCAUUCAACGGCAGCGAAAUACAGAGGAUACAUGCUUCCGCGUACAAAGAGGCAUCUGAGUUCAUCGGGCAGCUAAAGUGUGGCCCCGAAGUGAUGUCGUCAUUCGCUAAACUAGCCGCCAAGCCUGAGGCAUUCGGUCCACCGGUUAACUGGAGCGAUGAUACUAUACGUGUGAUCGGCAAUGUAGCCAAAUAUCUGCCAAAGGUUGCCGUUGAUAAAAGUGUUGCUCGCAUCGGCAAAAAUUGGACUACUGAG